CAACUGCAAACAGAUUAAACAGAGCUGAUUAACGGAGACUAAAAAACACUGGGUUAUUUUCUCUUAUGAGGGUCUUUGACAAAUCCUCCCUUAGCCCUACCACUUUAUUCACUUGCAAAUCGCUCAGCCUAAAGGGGUCUGCACAGCCCACCCUAAACCUGGAGCCCUGCAGCGCCAUCAGCUGCAAUAUCUUCUUAUAUGAGCGACGUUUCUUAUUAAUCAGUAACGCGGAAUGGAAGCCAAUCAGAGAGUUCCUUUGGUUUCAGAUUCCUGCCUGUCUGAGUUAAAAGUGUUGCUGAAAGAGAGGCUCAGUGAGAUGCAUGAAGAUUCCGCUGGGAAGACACUAUGAAAAGGGAAGAGGAGGAAUGAGGCAGCAGCAACAGCAGAAUCGAAUCUCCUGCUGAGCGAGGCUAACAUAGUUCCACUGCUAAACAAGAACAUACAUUCAAAUUUUCUUCCUUCUGAAGUUGAAGAUAAUGAGGACGCACCAUUGUCUUUCACUGGUCAUCUGGAUGUGUAUCCUCCAUACCAUUGACAACAGCCCAUUAAAAGCAAAGGAUAAUAGUCACUUACUGAAAACCAUAGUGGAUUUGACAAAAGAUGAUGGGAAAAUGCUCCAUCGCACCAAACGUGGCUGGAUGUGGAAUCAGUUCUUCUUGUUGGAAGAAUACACAGGUACAGACACUCAGUAUGUAGGAAAGCUUCACACUGACCAAGAUAAAGGAGAUGGAAAUUUAAAAUACAUUUUGACAGGAGAUGGGGCCGGCAAUCUGUUUGUUAUAGAUGAAAAUACAGGAGACAUUCAUGCUGCAAAGAAAUUAGACAGAGAAGAAAAAUCCCUGUAUAUUCUUCGCGCCAAGGCUAUAGACAGAAAGACUGGGCGGCAAGUGGAGCCAGAAUCUGAAUUCAUCAUUAAAAUUCAUGACAUCAAUGACAAUGAGCCAAAAUUCACAAAAGACUUGUACACAGCCAGUGUUCCCGAAAUGUCUGGAGUUGGUACUUCUGUCAUACAAGUGACUGCCACCGAUGCAGAUGAUGCCAACUAUGGGAACAGUGCAAAAGUGGUCUACAGCAUACUGCAAGGGCAGCCAUAUUUUUCAGUGGACCCAGAAUCAGGCAUAAUAAAAACUGCAUUACCAGACAUGAGCAGAGAAAACAGAGAGCAGUAUCAGGUGGUUAUUCAGGCCAAGGACAUGGGCGGCCAGAUGGGAGGCCUUUCUGGAACAACCACAGUGAACAUCACCCUCACUGAUGUCAACAACAACCCUCCUCGGUUUCCACAGAGCACUUAUCAAUUUAAUUCUCUGGAGUCUGCACCCCUUGGAACUCAUCUUGGAAGGAUAAAAGCCAAUGACCCUGACAUGGGGGAGAAUGCUGAGCUGAAAUACAGCAUUUCAGGAGGAGAAGGAUCAGACAUGUUUGAUGUGAUUACCGACAAAGAUACACAGGAAGGGAUCAUAACUGUCAAACAGAAUUUAGAUUAUGAAAAGAAAAUGCUAUACACUUUAAGAGUGGAUGCAAGCAAUACCCACCCAGACCCUCGCUUCUUGCAUCUUGGGCCUUUCAAAGAUACAGCCAUGGUUAAGAUAUCCGUGCAAGAUGUAGACGAGCCCCCUGUGUUCAGUAAGCUCUCUUACUUGAUGGAGGUAGAUGAAGAUGUCAAGGAGGGAAGCAUCAUUGGACAAGUCACUGCAUAUGAUCCAGAUGCUAUGAACAACAUAAUAAAAUACUCUGUUGACCGGCAUACUGAUAUGGAUCGUGUUUUCAGUAUUCACUCAGAAAAUGGCUCUAUCUUCACUGUGAAGCCCCUGGACAGGGAAUCCUCUCCUUGGCACAAUAUCACAGUUACAGCCACAGAGACAAAUAACCCAAAACAAACUACCCAAAUUCCUGUCUUCAUUAGAAUUCUUGAUAUAAAUGAUCAUGCUCCGGAAUUUGCCAUGUAUUAUGAAACAUUUGUUUGUGAAAAUGCAAAAUCUGGUCAGCUGAUUCAAACAAUUAGUGUCAUGGACAAAGAUGACCCUCCCAGAGGACACAAGUUCUUCUUUGAGCCAGUGCCAGAAUUUCCUCUCAACCCAAACUUCACCAUUGUUGACAAUAAAGAUAACACUGCAGGAAUCAUAACUCGAAAAGAUGGGUACAGCCGCACCAAAAUGAACACAUACCUACUGCCAGUUUUAAUCUUUGACAAUGAUUACCCUAUUCAAAGCAGCACUGGAACGCUCACUAUCCGUGUGUGUGCGUGUGAUAACCAAGGGAACAUGCAGUCUUGCAAUGCAGAGGCCCUGAUUCUUCCUGCUGGCCUGAGCACAGGAGCGCUCAUAGCAAUUUUGCUUUGUGUCAUCAUUCUGCUCACUCUAAUCGUGCUGUUUGCUGCAUUGAAGAGGCAACGAAAAAAGGAGCCUCUGAUUAUCUCAAAGGAUGAUGUCCGGGACAAUAUUGUAACUUAUAAUGAUGAAGGUGGUGGAGAAGAAGAUACCCAGGCUUUUGACAUUGGCACAUUAAGGAACCCGGAAGCAAGAGAAGACAGUAAACUUAGGAGAGAUGUCAUGCCUGAUACCAUUUUUCAGAUAAGGAGGACAGUACCCCUGUGGGAAAAUAUUGAUGUACAGGAUUUUAUUCACCGGAGAUUAAAAGAAAAUGAUUCCGACCCAAGUGCACCUCCCUACGACUCCCUGGCCACUUAUGCCUAUGAAGGGAAUGAUUCCAUAGCUAAUUCGCUCAGUUCCUUAGAGUCUCUCACUGCUGAUUGCAACCAAGAUUACGAUUACCUUAGCGAUUGGGGGCCUCGGUUCAAAAAACUCGCUGAUAUGUAUGGAGGUGAUGAUAGUGACCGGGAAUGA